UGCAGGUCCACGGAGAACAUCUAACUGCAGAGAUGUCCAAUUGUACCAACUGUCCUCAUGUAGAGGACCCAUGAGUGUACAUCAAUGGAGACGAAUACUGCUAUUUAAGUCAUCUUCAAGUGGACACCUUCCCUUCUCCCCGUCCAGCCAUCAUGCAUUCACCGUACCUUUCCAAAGAAGAAGACCGGCAUUUCGUCUACAGAAUCCCACUUUGCCAGACAUCCCCGAAUCACAUCGUCGAUUGGAAUGCGUAAUCGGACAGGGACUGACGGGCAUCCGUGCCUGUUGUGGUGGUUCCUGGCUUGCUUGGGGCUCAAUAGCCUCAUGUCGUCUGCAACCUCAUGGCAAUUGAUGCCUCCUCAUUGUUUGAUGGCUUGGCGGCUGAGAAUCGGAGCGGUUUUCACUCCAUGCCAUCUGAACAUUUUUGGCAACAGGCGGACUAACAUCGAUCCCGAAUCAUCCAAACUCGCGACAGUGCCGCGGCGCUGGCACCGCUUCUUUGUCCUAGCAGAGUAUCUUCAAGGGUCACAAGGCAGUGUGUGAGACAAACGAAGCUUGAUUGGAUGAGGCGAGGGCAUGAGAAGGGAAGAGAGAAAAGGGAAGUUGUGAGAUCCAGCACCAGGAUCGGAGCUUUACAGCCCUUUUUCUAUUUCUUUCUGAUUUGG